CUCGAGACACAAUGAGCAUAGCCAACAAACGGUGCAUCAUUCGUCGCACGACCAUUAGCCAUUAGUUGGCGGUUCACGAUGAUAGUAGCUCGAGCUAGACGCCUAUUAUAGUAACUUAUCUCGUGAGAUAAUGAGGCAUUUUAUAACGAUAUAGCUUCAAGAAUUGCCGUCAUCGAUCGCGGUCUGUCAGUCGCCCGUCGAAAGCAGUUAUAGGCUGGGAAUUUUUGAAGUGAUAAUUUCUGCAAGAAGUUUCGUUGCAGAAAGUGUGUGUGAACUAAGUUAAAUGACAGCAAGCCUUCGGAAAGCCCCAGGCUAACAACAAAACAAAACCAACCAUUGUCGACAUUCUCUUCUAACAGCCAGGGAUCGAAUAUAUCUUAUACUGGAUUGAACACUACUGCUAUUGCGAUAUUCUCACCUUUUUCUCGAGUGAUUUUUGUAUUCAUUCGAAAAGUAGCCAGAGUGAUUUAUAAACGUGUUAUGCACGUUCCAGCAUUAUACUUUGAGCCGUAGUUCGCUUUCGAAUGAGAACUAUUGCACAUAUUUGAUUAGUUAACAGGUUCCAGCAGCAUGAGUUCCACGAAAGAAAAUUUCAAUUUUGCGUCGGCAAAAGUCGAUGGCGAAAAUGAUGAGGACUACAAUCCUUUCGAAAGGCGUCAAAUCAGAAAGGCGAACUCAUCCAUCGGCACCCUCAUCCACUUGGUGAAAGGCUCGCUCGGAACAGGCAUACUGGCAAUGCCUUUCGCUUUCAAAACCGGUGGCCUUGUUUUCGGUAUUCUCGGUACCGUCCUGGUGGCACUCAUCUAUGUUCAUUGUAUUCAUUUAUUGGUCGGAACAUCGCAGAAAGCAUGCAAACGUAGCAGAAUACCCGUGCUAGGGUUUGCCGAAACAGCCGAAAAUGUGUUUGCUAAUGGACCCUUCGGAAUUCGUAAAUUUGCCAGCAUUGCCAAAGCAUACAUAGACUACAUACUGCUCUUGAUCAGUUACUUUUCCGUUUGCGUGUACCUCGUGUUCAUCUCGACAACGCUUCAAGAUGUGAUCAAUUACGAACUGCAAAUCGACUGGAGCACUCGGAUAUACAUCCUACUGACGACAUGCGCAGUAGCUCUGAUAACUCAAGUACGUGAACUCAAAUACCUGGUACCGUUUUCCCUGAUCGCUAACUCGUCCAUCAUAGUGGUCUUCAUCAUCACGCUAUUCUACAUCUUCAAGAAACCGGUAACGCUAUCGAAUCUGCACUUCUGGCCAGAGCUGGAAAAUUUGCCGUCGUUUUUUGGGACAGUAGUUUACGCAAUUGAGGGAAUCGGCAUAGUACUUCCGGUGGAGAACAAAAUGAAGCAACCGCAGCAUUUUUUGCAAACGUUCGGAGUUGCCAACUUUGCCAUUGGUUUCAUCACUGUAAUGUACAACAUAGUGGGAUUCUUCGGCUACGCUACAUACGGCGAAGAUACCAAAGGCUCAGUUACGUUGAAUCUACCAACUGAUGAGCUUUUGGCGAAAUCAACACAAAUUUUAGCGGCGUUCGCCAUUCUUCUCACGCUAGGUCUGUACUACUACGUCCCGAUGGAAAUUCUGUGGAAAAAGAUCGGCCAUAAAAUACCGGAACGUAGACACAACGUUGCCCAGAUAGGCAUUCGCCUAGCGAUUGUGGUUGCAAUGAUGGGUCUUGCCUUGACCGUACCGAAGCUGGAGCCGUUUAUCGGUUUCGUGGGAUCGAUAGGAUCGGCAACGUUGGCAUUGUUGAUCCCCACCACGCUGGACACCGUGUAUCGAUGGCCGUCGGGAUUCGGUUGGAUGAAGUGGCGAUUGGUGAAGAAUGUUGUUCUGUGGGCAUUCGGUCUGUUCAUACUCGUCGUGGGAACUUACUUUAGUUUGAUGGAUAUUAUUGCCCUUUACGAAUAAAGCUCAACACUUUUAUAUUAUUUAAGUAAUCAUAAAG